ACAUAGCAGAGGAAACCUGAACAGCUCCAUGGAAAAACCCAAGCAGCACUUCUUCUGAACUUGGGGCUACCAGACAUCGCCGGUGUGGCCUUAUUGCUUCUGACGGCGUGAAGGAGGUGGUGGGGCUAAGGAUGGAUUGCUAAGGAUGGCAGACAGCGGUGACCAAGACGUGUUGGGUAUCGCACAGAAGUUCUAUACCUUCCUUACCGGGGCUGAAUUCUCCACCUCGCAUUGCACUCAAAAUCGAAGGAUUUUGCUUGUCUGAAGACCCCCCCCCGGCCAGAUUUGGCACAUAUAGAAAGGGGUCUUACCUCUCUCCCCUUCUCCUAAAUUCUAUUACCGUCUCAGGAUUGGGUUUUUUUUAUUCCACGAGGAACCAUCAAAAAUAAACUUUGCAAUACAUAGAGACAGACAUCUAUAUAUAUAUAUAUUUCUUCUUAUUCAUCAAAGGUUCGGAGAGGAAAAGCCCCCUCGUCUGCGUCCAGGAUGGUUUGACACUGAGACCUGUAUGAACCAUGAAGGAAUUGGUGCUUUGUAAUUGAGAGGAGGAACAAAAAAAAAUUAAAAACACGUAUAUUCUGGGGACCAAGGAAUUGCUGGGUGACAAAGAAUGGGUUUCCAACUGAUGAAUCAGCUAAAAGGCAUGAGUUUGAGAGUGGUCGUGCUGCCUGCGCUCAUCCUGGUGAUGGUUGUGGGGGCACAGAAAGCUUGUCCAAAGAAUUGCAGGUGUGACGGGAAAAUUGUGUACUGCGAGUCCCAUGCCUUCAGAGACAUCCCUCAAAAUAUUUCUGGUGGCUCCCAGGGACUAUCCUUACGUUACAACAGUAUCCAGAAACUGAAGUCAAACCAAUUUUCUGGCCUUAACCAGCUGGUCUGGCUAUACCUGGACCACAAUUACAUCAGUACAGUGGACGAGGAAGCUUUCCAGGGCAUACGACGAUUGAAGGAACUGAUCCUGAGCUCCAAUAAAAUUAACUACUUGGCUAAUGCCACCUUCCACCCUGUUCCCAACCUCAGAAGCUUGGAUUUAUCGUACAACAAGCUGCAGACACUGCAGUCGGAACAGUUCAAGGGUCUUCGCAAGCUCUUGAUUCUUCACUUGCGUUCCAACUCUCUGAAAACUGUGCCAGUCAGGGUUUUCCAGGACUGCCGCAAUUUGGAUUUUUUGGAUCUGGGAUACAAUCGGCUCAGGAGCUUGUCUCGAAAUGCCUUUGCCGGACUGCUCAAACUUACUGAGCUUCACCUGGAACACAACCAGUUCUCAAAGGUGAAUUUUGCUCACUUUCCCCGACUUUUUAACCUGCGCACUCUAUAUUUGCAAUGGAACAGGAUCCGUUCUCUCAGCCAGGGAUUGACUUGGACUUGGAGUGCCCUGCACAACCUUGACUUGUCAGGAAACGACAUACAGAACAUAGAGCCUGGGACCUUCCAGUGUCUCCCCAACCUACAAAAGCUCAACCUGGAUUCCAACAAGCUCACCAAUGUCACACAGGAAACCAUUAAUGCAUGGAUUUCCCUUACUUCCAUUACGCUCUCUGGAAAUAUGUGGGAAUGCAGCAAAACAAUAUGCCCUUUGGUCUUGUGGCUGAAGAACUUCAAAGGCAAUAAAGACAGCACAAUGAUCUGUGCUGGCCCAAAACACAUCCAAGGUGAGAAGGUUACUGAUGCGGUGGAAACCUACAACAUUUGCAACGAGACACCUAUGCUGGUGACCGAGAAAACUUACCAGACCACCAAAGCGCCACCAAAACCCCAAUUUGUACCCAAGCCUACAGUGUUCAAGAUGGAGAGUGUCCCACCUACCUUUUACUCUCCUAGCCCUUCUCCAGAACUGCAGACACCCAUGGCUGAACAGGAAUAUGAACAUGUUUCUUUCCACAAAAUAAUAGCUGGCAGUGUGGCCCUUUUCCUUUCUGUGGCCAUGAUUCUCUUGGUCAUCUACGUGUCAUGGAAACGUUAUCCGGCGAGCAUGAAGCAGCUACAGCAGAGUUCCAUGAUGAAGAGGAGACGGAAAAAGGCCAGAGAGUCUGAAAGACAAAUAAACUCCCCUUUACAGGAGUAUUAUGUGGACUAUAAACCUUCCAACACUGAGCCCAUGGAUGUAUUGGUUAAUGGAUCUGGACCCUGUACAUAUACCAUCUCUGGUUCCCGGGAAUGUGAGGUACCAAGGCACAUCAAGACUCUACCAUACUACUCUUUUGAUCAACCCAUGGUUGGGUAUUGCCAGACACACAAGUCACUCCUUGUAAAUAAGGGCUAUGAUGGCACAUCUCGAGAUCAUAGAGUGACCACUGACCUAGAGCUCAGCAGGGACCAGAGCUACAUUUCAACCAUAGCACGCUCAGCGGCACCUGCCAUAUACAUUGAAAGAAUACCAAACCAAUAAUAUUUGGAGUCUUGUUCAUGGGUUGUACACCUAACUGGAAGUGAAGAUGGACAUUUGCAGAUGGCAAUGCCAAGUAGAAGAUACAAGGUUUUGUGCUUGGAGAAACUCUCGACAUAAAAAAACAUACAAACAGAGGGGAUUUUCUUGGCUUUAAAUGAAUAUCUGAACCACAUUGAUGUACAAAUAAAUAAUAAUAAUAAUAAUGAUAAUACGAAAAAAUUCUACAUAAAGGAUUUUAAGCAGGAUUUGGACCCAUUCUGGUCAUAUAUGGAAAAGGAAAAAUUCUGCUUGUAUAUUUAAUUUCCAUUUUUUACACAUUGCAUGGUUCCAAUCCAGAAGAACCAAAGGGAAAGACUGGGGGUUUUGGGGUAGGGAAUGCUUCUUGUUUAUUGUUGAAUAACCCAGUGGGUAUCUUUGAACCGUGUUUCUUUCCUGUUUUUCCUGUUAAAAAGGGUUUGCUUUUUUAUCAUAUUGACAACUGCAUAUUAUGUCGUUGAGGAGGGACCAGCCUCAACCAGACUGAUAACUCGCUUUGUGGCGCCAAAGCUACAAUAAAAAUGAAGAGCAGAUGGUGGAGGAAAAAAAACUCGCUCUCUGUCCUUAUCACACAUUUAGAUAUUCAUUCCCAGAUGAAUUUAUUUGGAUUUUAUUGACGAUUUCAAAUCACAAGAGAUCAUAAAAUAUAGUUUUGUUUUUGUUUUUUUAUUUUGUUCAUUUUUUUUAAAAAAUUCUAUUAUGAUCAGUUUUAUCUUUUGUGUAGUUUUUAUCAAUAAAAAAGUACAGACAAAACAUGGUGUGCAAAAAGCAUUGCUGCAGAACCACUGCUCAGGUUGUCCUGCCAUGUGAAACACCAGAACUGCUAAUCCCUUUAUCUUGUUUAUAUCAUUAUCCCAAAAAUGAAGUGGCUGUAGCCCUUAAAGAGGAACAAAUGUUUAGUUUUUAUUUCUUCAGAAAUAAAUGGCCAUGUUAUUUUGUAUGUAA